AUGUCUUCCUCCAGGAUCGUGGUCACUGCCCUUCAUCAGCUCCCUGCUGUCGAUCCACACAAGACGUUCGCCACAUGGUGCACAUCACACGGUAAACAUGCAGUAGGAGAGGUGGUUUACGCGCGGUUCUUUCAGCAGCCCGUCGUCAUCCUCAACUCCGCGCAAGCUGUGUAUGAUCUCCUCGAGAAGAGAGGCUUCAGGCCUCAGCGACCUCCUCCCACGGUCAGUGAUGUCAAUUUCCGGGAGAUCGAGCAUAAUAUACUGUACACACGAGCCAGACGGAGCAAUGUCGUUGUCGUGAAGGAGCAGGUGAAAACAUUCCGUACAACUACAAGUAUUCAUGACGCGGGCACCAAGCGCAAGGGUCGUAGCGAACGAUUUAACAAGAGCCUAUAA